GUACACAAUGUAUUAUCCGUGUUCUGUCCCUUGACAUCGUCAAUCAGGCCCCAGGUACAUUAGUUAGUUACCUGGCUGGUAUUUGUUUAUACAUAGUAGAACUAGAACUGUUCAAACGAACCGGCUAGCGGAAACUUCGCGAACGCGUUUUGGCUGUUCGAAUCGCGUGCGGCACGACACAAUCAAAUCCACUGCCCUUGAUCGUUGGGUACAGGGCCUCACCGCAUUAUUCCGCCGACCCCCUCGUCCGAAAAGCGAAGAAAAAUAAUAUACUCACACUUUCCAAUCUUCAAUCUCAAGUUCGAGAUGGUUGCUGGCCAAACCAUCAGCCACGUCACAACGCAAAUAAUGAAUAAAGAAUACACGGGGCGGAUGGAAAGACUGCGGUCGUCGAGUCCUUCGAAUUCUGCGCCAGGACGUCGUCGAUCUCAAGGCAGUCCCAUGACUUCACAAAACCCCAAGCGCCAUCUAUCCGAAGCUCCGCAAGUCUCGAGGAGCGUACCCAAGAAGCGCCGACUGGUUUCAAUCACCCCAGACGACCUACAAUCUACCGCGAGGAACAGUCGGGGACCCAGUCAAGCAGCCAGCCACGACAUACCGACCGAUUUAAUAACCCAUCAGAUACCAGAAGACGAGGGAGGCGUAUUCGAUGACUUCUUGGAUCUGCAGCACGACGCCUCGUCUCCCGACUUCGAGCCUCCGCCUGUACAGCAACUUAGCCAGCAACACAAGACACCAAUGUCGAUUGUUACUUCAGGAGCGAUGCAGUCAUCGCUAUUGGCCACCGGUGUAGGGCAAAAUGUCGUAUCGCUCGGUGCACAGCUGGUCACCAGUCCUCCACAAUCCGCCGCCCCUGGGCCCGAGGCGGCCGAAGCUGCUGCACAAGUCGAGCAGUUACAAAACGAAUAUAGGACCGUCGAAGCCAAGCUGCAACUUGCUAGGACCCGGUUGUCAGAACAGCUGAACGUGUUUGACGGCCCUGGCGGUCUCAGCACGACCACCACACCCGCGUCGCUGCGUCCCAGUAGUACCAUGCCAAUCUCCAUCCACGUCAACGAAGAUGAUGCUGUCGCCAGCGCACUCUCUCACAUCGCCAGCCUUGAAAGCCGCCGGAGCGGCCUUCUGUCGAGAAUACACGCCGCCCAAGCCACCGAGUUGGAGGCCAAACAACAUCGGGACAGUAGGCAGUUGACUGUUCAGGUCGAAAAUGCUCGACUUUUCCGUCGGUUGAUGGACCUUGGCCCGGCUGGGACGGCAUCCCUGCUCCGUGUACUGCUCAAAGCUGCCGGCAUCGACUCAACAGACAGCGGACAAAGCUCGGAUGUCAUGGAAGCAACAGAACGCAGGUUAUACAUACGACGGGAACUUGAAGAGGAUUUAGCCCGAGAGGGCCUCCUUCCUGUGGGCAAAGAAACGCCGCCGCUCAACGGUACAUAACGGAGCCGAAGAGGCACAUUUUAUCGAGCAUCCAAGCUCGAACAUAAAGACGAUAAACUCUGCAGGGUUAAUAGCAUCCUGUUGUAUGGCUCGUUCCCAAACUCUGUUUGCAUACAAUAGCACAGCAUACAUUUUAUGAAUCCUCUUUUUUUUUUUUGCAUCCUAUUUACUGAGCUGUUGGCCUGAUUGGUCUGUAUACCCCUUGUUGCUUUUGCUUUUUUUUUUUUUUUCGUUGUUAGACAAAUACAUACAUCCAUCCCAAAUAGGAAAAGAAAUAUCUUCAAAUCAAAGAUGGAGGAACAACGCAGCCUAUUAAUGCUAUGAAUAUAAAAUGAAAGUUACAAAUGAAAAAUUUAAAAUAACAACCUAACUCCCAAGUCUAUUUGGUAUCAAUAUAUGGAAAGAAAAUUUACCGACCACGAUAAUGUCCAAGAAGAGACUGCUGACACCUAGGAAGGAUCUUGGCUAACUCUCCAGCGACACAUCUGUGAUUUGACCGUCCCGCUAGAAGCAGAAAACCUGAUCAUCCAUCCUGGAAAUGGCCCCUGGCUGUUGGAAGCCGAGGCCUGCAAGCAUUUUCUUGGCAGCACCUACCAUACCUGGCGGGCCACAGAUCAUAAUCUUGGCCCCAGGCGCCGGCGGUGGGAACCUCUCAGCGAUGAUGUCGGCAGUAACGUGGCCGACGCCGUAUUUCCAGUCAGCCGGCGCCUCGUCGAGCAGGUAGUGCACCUUGAGGUUCUGGGGGUAUUUCCUGGCAAAGGCCUCGAGCUCCUUGCGCAGCAGGAUGUCGCCCUCGUUCCUGCAGGCGUAGACGAGGCUCACCUCGGUGGUGUCCCAUCUGUCCUCGCAGAUGGCCCUGAUUAGCUGGAACAUGGGUGUGAUGCCCGUGCCGCCCGCCAGCAUGCCGAUGCGCUUGCACGAGUUGCGGUGGUAGCGCAUGGCGCCCUUGGGCCCCCGGAACUGCACCUCGUCCCCGACCUCGAGACCGGCCAGGUAACGGCCAGUCAGAAGGCCGUCGGGGUAGCAGCGCACAACGAGGACGAGUACACCCAGGUCCGAGUUGUUGGACACGGGUGUGUAGGACCGCGAGACGUGCUUGCCAUCGAUCUCGGCACGGAUGGAGACGUGCUGCCCAGUCGGUAGGCCCAGCACCGUGGUCGGUGUCGGGAGCGUGAAUGUCAGCCUGUACACUCCCGGCGCGAGGAGCUCCUUCUUUGCCAGGGGUAAUGUCUGCCAGUGGACGGGGUCAAGCCAGCCGCGCUGGAGGAGAGGAUCAGGCUUGGGCAGUGUGGACGCCUUCAUGUGAGGGGGGAACUGGGUAAGUCCAUUCCCAAAGCUCAGCAGCUUGGAGAAACGCUUCAUAGCGACUGUUCCUGCAACGGCGACAAGACCGGCUGCUAGGGCGAAGCCUUGGAUGAAGCCCAAGCCUCCGCGAUGCUCUGUUGAUGUGAGCUUCAGUUUGGGGAAAUAUCUUGUGAGGUGACGGAUGAGCUGGGAAACGAAGUGACGGUCGUCCAAACGCGAGAUGACACCAGUGGCAUGGUACAACGCUACCGCACUCAGGGUGGCGACAGAUGCCACCGCAGCAAGCUGCUUUGAACUGCUGGCCGCUGAACUCGUGCCCGAAGGGGCCGGCGGUGGGACGUUUGCUAUGCGGACAACCUUGGCAGCGGGCUUUUUGGUGUUGCCGCCCUUGGCCUUGCCGACGCGGAACUCGGCCAUGAUCUCAAAGGCAUCCUCCGAGUGGCCGGCCGAGUCGAAGGCCUCGCUGGCGUCUGUGCCUGCGGCCUCGACUAGGACUUCGGCACCGCCUGGGUGGUCGUGGAUGUAUUUUGUGACGUCGUAGACCUGCCCGUGGAUCACCAUCCAGCAAUCGUUGGCCGACUUGUGGGAGGCGACAUCCUUGAGUGUGUACUCGGCCUCUUGGUCUGCUGCGGCAGUUGCCAUGACGGCGAUUGGUUUGUGAAGUUUCUGUUUGGUAGAGAAGGCAGAGCCCAGCAGUGACUUGACUUUGGACGAGCAAUCUGCUUUUGUUUGAAGUGCUUUUGCCUUUCGAGUUGAUGUAAAUAAUAAAGGAGAGAAGGGAUAACGGAUGGACUAUUCAGGAGGCGUUGACGGACCCCUGUGGUUGUUCUUAUCUUUUGUAUUUGAGACAAUAUGGAAUCUGGACGCUAACAGUAAGGGGGGGAAAAAAGUACUUUGGGCCAGUGUCCACUCAAGACUGGUCCGUCACCGAGAUACCGAGGCUUGAUUCUAUGUAUGUUGGAAUUUGUGGGUUCUCUGCUUGUUAAAUUGUCU